AUGCCCGACAAGCACCUUGAUAGUGUUGGUGACAAUAUGCGCGAGUUUCAGCAUUUACAAAUUCUCCAUGAUAAAGAAGUGGAAAGAAAAUUACACGAUAUACUCCCACAAAUGGAAUCCUGGUUGCUGGGUGCUAUUCCAUUGAACGAUAAUGAAACCGAACCGAAAGAUGCAGGUGUCGUAUUCCCCGACGUUGGAAAUCUUGACGCUGCGUUAGCUCCUAUCCGAAGACUCAUAUAUAAAGGUGCAGCUGAGUAUGCGCUUCUUCGCACCGUAACGACCACGAACACACCAUUAAACCUGUCCCACGCUGUUUACACCGUUCUUCGUGCCGACGGAACACCGAAAAUUGGAGGCGUACCACUUAGACUCACAGAAUCAAUUUGGAUCGACCGGCCAGUCACUGUCGAUGCUGGGUUCAUCUUCAUGAUUUGCAAGCCGGCUGAAAUCCUCGUGGGAAGAGACAUUUACACUUGAGCCGUACGACGUUUGAACUGCCGUACUUAAUUCCGAAGCACCUUGUCCGAUUUCGGGCAUGUCACCAAGGGGGAAACGAUCGAUAAGGGUUGGAGCAUAAUAGGGGAAACAAUCUGGGGUUUUUGCUUCAGAGUCAAAUAAAGUAUCCUGAGGCAGCACAAUAUCAGAAUCCAACACCACUUUGAAUUUUGUUAGU